AUGGAGGGCGAAGCCAAGGAUAUCGAAACCGGCAAAGCGGCUGACACCGUGGUUGAUACGCAUCAAGAUGUUGAAGAUCUGAAGGACCUCGAACGGGAAGAUCGUAAUGUGGGCACCCUUGAGCGACGUCUCAAGUCUCGACAUGUUCAGUUUCUUGCCCUCUCUGGCGCCAUCGGGACAGGUCUCUUUGUUGGCAGUGGUCAAGCCCUCAGUCUCGCUGGACCGCUUUCUACUUUCCUGGCCUACCUGAUCACUGGCUUCAACCUCUACGCGGUGAUCAACAGUCUUGGUGAGAUGGCAACGUACUUGCCGCUGCCGGGCGCGGUUCCUGUGUAUGCGGCGCGAUUUGUUGAUCCAGCUCUGGGGUUUACUCUCGGUUGGAAUUAUUUCUACCAAUUCGCAAUCGGAGUGCCGAUAGAGAUUUCCGCAGCUGCAGUUGUUAUUGAUUACUGGCCGAAUGCUGUCUCGAAUGCGGUAUGGAUCACAAUCCUGCUUGUUCCCAUGGUGGUGGUCAAUUGCCUUCCCGUCCGUAUCUACGGAGAGGCCGAGUUUGUCUUUGGCGCCAUAAAGCUCACAACCAUUGUGGGACUAAUCCUGCUCAUGUUCAUCAUCACCUUGGGAGGCGCACCGAACCACGACAGGAUUGGAUUCCGCUAUUGGGAUAAUCCAGGUCCGAUGCUCGAGUACCUCGAGACAGGUGCGCUAGGCCGCUUCUUAGCAUUCUGGAAAGUCUUCAUUCAGGCAACAUUCAGCUAUGGCGGCAGCGAGAUGGUAGUGGUGGCAGCUGGAGAGUGUGAAAACCCUCGACGAAAUAUUCCAAAGGCUGUGCGAAGAGUGUUCUGGCGGAUCGCCAUCUUCUAUGUGCUCGCCUUAUUCUUGGUGAGCAUGUGUGUCUCCGCGAAAGAUCCAAGGCUCUUGAACGCGAUCAGCAGCUCAGCUCCCGGUGCAGCAGCCAGUCCGUUCGUGAUUGCAAUUACCAACGGUGGGAUAUCAGCGCUUCCGUCAAUCAUCAACGCUGUCAUUCUAUCCUCAGCCUGGUCGGCAGGGAACUCGUUCUUCUACGCCUCAACCCGCAUUCUGUAUGCCACGGCUUUGGAUCACCGCGCCCCAGCUUUUCUACGCUUUGAGAAGUUCGGUGUGCCGUACGCCUGCGUCGGAGCUACGACUUUGCUCUCACUCCUCGUCUACCUCAACGUCUCGUCCAGCUCUGCGGAAGUCUUCUUCUGGAUCUCGAAUCUCUCCGCAGUGAGCACGCUCAUCGUGUGGGCAAGCGUCUGCAUCACGUACAUUCGGUUCUACCACGGACUGAAAUACAACGGCAUCCCUCGAUCUACACUUCCGUACAAAUCACCAUUGCAGCCAUUCCUGGCAUACUUCGCAGUCUGCUUCUGCACGAUCGUGGCCAUUUUCAACGGCUAUGACUGUUUCUUCCCCGGAAGAUUCAGUGCCAAGAGUUUCAUUCCGCCAUACAUCGACAUUCCCAUCUUUGCUACGCUCUUCAUCGGCUACAAGGUGAUCAAACGGACCAGUUUCGUCAAGUUGAGCGAUAUGGACUUGUGGAGUGGUAUGGCUGAGGUCGACCGGUUGGAGGGGACGUGGCCGGAGGUGAAAGCGAGAAACUUCCUCGAGAGGAUUUGGUUCUGGAUUGCCUGA